AUGCCAAUACCAUUAGAAAAAAUCCAAGUAAUUGAAGAUGAAAUUGAAAGACUUGACUAUGAAGAUCAUAACAAUAAAAAUCUUCAUACAACAAUUACAUCAUCGGAACAAGACUUUUCUUUUUUAAAUAAGUCAUCGCAUAUCAAACGUUCAGUUUAUUAUGAUAUGAAAUCAAUAACUAAUCAUGAAUAUCAACCAUUAAGACUUAGUUUUGAAAUGGAACAAUCAUCAAUUGAUUAUGUUUUUCGUCGACGAUAUAUUGCACAUUGGGGUUUACCAGAGUGGCUUGGUGAUAAUCAUUUUUUAUUACAAAAACAUCGACAACCAGCUAAUUCUAUUCGCGAAUGUCUGAUAUCAAUUGCAUCAAUACAUAGUGAAACAAUUAAUAUUUGGACACAUUUGAUUGGUACACUCUGUAUUGCUGUAACAUAUAUACUUUUUCUAAUUGAUAAUUAUCCACAAUUGGAUAUAAGUGAUAUUAUAUCAUUUAGUCUUUUCUUUAUAUCAGCUAUAUUAUGUUUAACAUUUUCAACUUUAUUACAUAUAUUUAUUAACUAUUCACCACGCGUUUUAGUUACUGUUUCGAAACUUGAUUAUAUAGCUACAUGUGCAUUAUUUUAUAUAGGCAUAAAUAUAUUAAUAUUUGGUUCAACGGUACCUGUUGUACAUUAUUUAUUUUAUUGUUAUUUUCAAUUGAAAACUAUAUAUAUUAGUAUACUUUUUGUGCUUUCAAUUGCAUCAAUGAUUGGUACAAGUAGUGCUGCAUGUUCAAAACCACGUUAUCGUCCAUUUAAAGCUAUUUUAUUUAUUGUUCUAGGUCUUUAUGGUGUUGCUCCAGCAACUCAUGCUUGUAUUCUUUAUGGCUUAUCACGUAUGUUUGAAAUGGGAUUUUUAUAUUUAUGUAUUAUGGCUGUGACAUAUAUUACCGGUGGUAUUGUUUAUGCAAUUCGAAUACCAGAACGAUAUUUUCCUGGUCGUUUUGAUGUUGUCGGUCAGAGUCAUCAAAUUUUACAUAUUGCUGUAAUUGUAGCUGUUUAUUUACAUUUUUAUGGUAUUUGUUGUUUAUUUCAUAAUAUAACUCGAACAGAACAAUGUAUUAUGCCGAUAACAUUAAAAUUUGGUAUAACUGAUUUAUCUAUUUCUUCUUAA